AUGGAAGUCCUCUCCGUCGCUGCGAGCGGCAUGGCCGUUGCGUCACUUUCACUGCAGCUCCUACACACCAUCGGCACGAUCAAAUCGUUUAUACGCGACGUCAAGGGCGCUUCGAAAGAGUUGGGACGACUGGCAGCCUUACUCGAUCAACUUUUUGCGCUUCUUGACAACGUCCGGGAUGUCAUGGAGCGGCAGACGUCGCUGCAGGGCCAGCAUUUUCCGGUUCCGGCCUCGAUGAUAUUCGAAGCUCUGAAGAGCUGCGAAAAGAGCCUCGAGCCGCUGUUUGCGAUUGUUGAGAAGCACAAGAAGAGCCAGGUCGGGAGUGUCCCCGCGGUGGUGAAGUGGAAGGACUACAUCAAGUUUGGCUUCAAGACGAAAGACAUUGCUGAAUUCGAGAGUCGGAUACAAAGGGAGAUCGAUUACCUUCAUACAGCUUUGACUGUAAAUUCAACCAGUAUACUGUAUGUCAGCAAGCUCACAUAG